CUCCAACAAAUCUGAUAGAGAAUAUUGAUUCGAAAAUGGGUGAACGAUGAGAUAAAUGUUUUGAUUUGCUGACAUAGUGCACCCCUUCAGCAGGGGUUUGACAGGUUUUUCUUUUACCAUUCACUGUCACCCUCACCGCCUGUGCCAUGGCAACAGCUACUAGUUAUGGUCUACAUAGUAGACUACUACAUGUACCUAUAUGGCAUAGGUGACUUGGAAGUUGACUCUCACUAUGGAAGGUGGCCCAUCAAUCACUGAUGCCAUUGAGAAAGAUGAUUGCAUGAGCUCUCAGAAUAAGUACCGAUCUGACUAUAGCGAUGAAAGCGACAGUGAGGUUGGUGUGACUUGGUCUCCCGGUGACGGAGUCUGUCCGUCAACAGCAGAGUUCCAUCAUUGCUGUCAGUCCAAGUUCGAUGAAUGGAGCCAUGCGACCUCAAUGCCUUUGAAUCAUACACUCUCUUUCUCAUUCUACUUAGAUGCCUUCUUGAGCCUUCUCAAACAUGUCCCCCCGUUUCUAUCCGGCCUCCCAGAAGAUGUCCAUAUUACAGGGAGACGGAGAACAUUUCUCAUGCUUAGAUCCUCUCUACAGAUACACUCAACAGACAAUAUAGACUGCGCCCAACCUUACAAGCUGAUUGAUUAUCUUCAAUGCCUCGGACCUCCAAAGCCUGCCGUCUACAAGCUGAAGGCUGAGACGCAAUUACAGCCCGUACUUCCCAUACACACCAAGGCCUUUCGCUCUGGGUAUUUCACAAAUAUCGUCUUAGCUUGGUCCUACAUCGUCUCCUGCCGCUGGUCAGAAAUUUUCCAACGAGCAGGUUGGAACAGCCAGAUGCUCCAUGAAAAUGGUAUGCAGAUUGAGGAUUCUUUCUGGUAUCUUGUCACGCAAGGCUGCUGGCGAGCACUAGUGAAGAAAGACACAGCAAAAUUCUGUUCUCCAUGGAUAUUGACGAGUGAGGGGGCUAAGAAAGACUGCAAUUGGGUGCCAGUCACACCGGAUUCGUCGCUGGCCUUUGAUAUUCUUGUGGAUUUUUGCAUAUCGGAAGGCUUGGAAAUGGAGUUAAUCACAGGCCUUGCGUCUGUUUUAUUAUUGACCUCACGGAACACACCUUCGCCUAUCCUCGCUCCUGCUGUAGCAGCCCCGACUGCUUCUGCUGCCUCCCCACCAAGGGCAAAACACGCGGUAUUCUAUGAGCUUUACCAGUCAACUGAUAAAUUUCUCACUUUGAGCUCCACGCAAGACGCCUUGGACUCGUUAAUAUGCAGUGCCUUUUUUGACCCAUCUAUUCCCUGUAAUUUCAUGGGAGCUGCAUCUUUGGGUGUGAGGAAAGCCCUCUCAACGGCGGACAAGAUGGAUAACCAACAGCUCCUUAGAGCCAUCACAUAUACGAACCCGUCUCUAUGUCACUUCUGGGGCGCAGCUAUUCGUGGAGGUCAAGUAGACUCCUUUCUAAACAUGAGUCUGUAUACUCUACCGCCUAUAUGUCUAGUGACCGCCUUUUGGACAGACACCACUCAAUCCUUUCUCCAAAGGAGGUAUUGCUCAAGUGAAAUAGAGAAGAAGGUCGUCACUCGGGCAAACGAGUUUCAAACUUCAUUUUACUGCCGGUCGGGCACAUCUGUGCCAUGGUCACCCGCACCCCCCUUCGGCAAGACAACCGUCGAGAAUAUCAGUCUUGAGAUCCGGCAACACCUUGGACAUAUGCACAGACCUAUCUCAUGGUCCACAUACUGGGUUUUAAACUCUGGCAAGAGGCUCCCCGCGACUAAACAACGCCAUAUUCAUCAGUCCCAGGUUCAGAGGAUCUAUCAUCCUUCCUCCACAGAGCAUCCUAAUGACGUACCCUACAUCGAACAAAAUGCUGCUGAUGAACAGUCAGCGGUUGCAACAUCUCGUCUGUUCAAUUGGCAUAGAAGCUACGAUGAUGGCAUUUGGCUUGAUGAUGGAACGGGCGACAUUGAAACGAUUCGUCGACUCCAGCAACAUCAAUGGAUUAUCGAUCCAUUUGCUGGAAGUGAGCUUGAUGAUCUAGUUGAAGAACCUAAGGAUCGCGAGCUCAGCUUUGAGAGUAUCUUGCGGUGGAUGGAUGAAGCUGAGAACCAUCGACACUAGUACCCGUAAGUUGCUUCAAUGCUGAUUUCUCACACGAUGUUUCUAGAAUCUUGCUAGAGAGAAAUGAUGGUGCAUUAGAGUUUCGUGUAUAUUCAAGAUCCAGCGCGAAUAUAGGUUCCAAAUUCCGUGUUACAAAACACCACAAGUGGCCUGUGAGGCUGAAGGAGCUGGGAUCAGUCUCCACGCCGGUGUGAACGAGCACGUGCUACUUAUGAUUACAAUCCUUCGCCAAUUACAAUACAACAUGGUAUAACAAGCCC